CGAUCGCAUGUGGCUCCUAUCAUUCUGCUAUAGCUCGUCAGUAUCUCUCUAGAUAGAAACUGCUGGAUAGAAACUCGAAGGGAUACAAUCACUGCCGUCAUAUUACCAGCCUGAAGCAAACAUGGAGCAAUCCAGCAGUCAGCCAGCCAAAAGACCUCGCCUGCAAGGACCUGACGGCUUCCAGGUAACAAAGACCAAAUCGAAACCCGCCUACAAGCCUCCUCCACGCUUCGUGUCCGCUUUUGAUGCACCCAAGGCCGGACCAUCAACAAAGGUUCCUGAUGACAAGCAGGAAAAGACGAAGAAUUCAGUCCGUGUUCGAGAGCGACCACUGAACCCGUUCACUGCCGAGCUCCCUGACUUUGGUGACACCUCACUUGGAUGCGGGGCUAAGGGCAAGGAGAAAGAGAAGGAGUCUUCGGUUCACCCAGCUGGUAAUCGCAAGCGACCGAAUCCAUUUACCACUGCAAAUGAUGCAAAGGCAGAUACGUCUCGCUUGUCAAUCGUGAAGCGCCCCACCCUUGCCUCUUCGAAAGCAUCUGCGCACAAUCCUCCGAUAUCCCGCCAGAAACCACAUUCCGCACCUCUUCGACCUCUCAAGCCACCUUCCUUCACAAUCAGCGCCCCAGAAAAUGCAUCAUCCUCCACCAAGCCCUUAUCUUUCUCGAUCCUCAAGCCACCUCUACUGGCAUUGCCUCAGCCGACUACUAAAGCGGUCAUCCUAAAACCUCUUGCUCCACCUAGCUUUGCUCCGCUUCCCUCAAAGAAAUCAUUAACGAACAUGAAGCCCAUCUCGUCUUUUGCCACAAAUCCCACAAAGGAUGGUGCAGGUGCAGAGCUACUCUCGCUUUUCCUCCAACAGCACGGACACAACUUCGUCUCCCCAUUCGAACGCGAGAUACAGCGCGGCAUUGGACUCAGCCCUCGCAAAAACAAGAACACUAACGGGAAAUUUAUACGUGGCGGGCUGGCAGGGCGCGCGCAUCACCUUAUCUCAGGCACAAAGACCGACUACACCCUUUGGUGCCUACAGCUCAAACAGAAGCUCUCCUCUGCGUCAGCCUCCGCUCCGAUUCCUUCGUGUGACGUGCGCCUACGUAUCCUGCGAGUAUUACAUCUUCCCAUGAAAACCCCCACCCCCACACGCGUGCAUCUCGCGGUAUGCCGCAUUUCAUCUAGGCACAGGUCCGAAAGCAUAGGCGACUUGAGAGAUCAAUGUUAUGUUGCCCUUUUCCCACACGUUGUCGAGCCCAGCCGCAAUUUUGAAGAGGGCAGGGAUGUCUUGGCUUGGAGGCCGUGGUUCAAAGCUAUGCUCUCCAGUGUCGUGCCAAGGGAGAUACUGGGAAGCCUUUCGGUUGAACCGUUGAUGCCCCCAAGAAGCAUUAUCAUCGUACCAAGAUGGCACAUGAUGCAGGCAGACUGAGGGAUCGGAGUGCGAGCUACGGUUUGUAUCCGAUGAUAGGGCUGUUGGGUGACCUUCUACACUAGUACUGGCAUUAGUAGUACAAUAACCAUUGUUCAUGAAUUCACCAG